AUGGCUUCGGUUAGUCGUCGCGUCCUGCUAGCGCUGCCCUCCCUUCUCCUGCUCGCGCUCCGGCACGUGGCGCUGUCCGCUCCCGCGGCCACAUUCCCGGGCGACAAGGCGGCGCUCGCGGCGCUGAGGUCCGCGGUGGCCGCGUCCUCGGUGCCGCCCUACUCCUGCCUCGCGUCGUGGGACUUCGCCCGCGACCCCUGCGCGGCGUUCCCGUGCGGCCUCCGCUGCUACGCGGCCGGCGCCGCCAACUCCUCCUACCUCCGCGUGACGGCCGUCGCGCUCGACUCCGCGGGCUACUCGGGCGCGCUCCCCGCGGCACUUCUGUCCUCGCUCCCCUUCCUCGCGUCGCUGUCCCUCGCCGACAACCGGUUCCACGGCGCGCUUCCGGCGGGGGUCCCGCUGCCGCCGAGCCUCCGCAUCCUCGACCUCUCCGGCAACGCCUUCUCCGGCGCCAUCCCGGCGUCCCUGUUCGCCGCGUCCUCCGCGCUGCAGGAGCUCUACCUCUCUCGCAACAGCUUCUCCGGUGGGGUACCGCCGCAGCUGGCGCUCCUGGGCGCCCUGACGCGGCUCGAGCUGCAGCACAACGCGCUCGCGGGGCCCCUGCCGAGGUUGGGCGCGAUGCGCUCGCUGGUCCACCUCGACGUGAGCGGCAACGCGCUGUCGGGCUCGUUGCUCGCCGCGCCGGGGACGCUGCCGCCGUCGCUCUGGUCCGUCGCGGCGCGCAACAACUCCUUCUCCGGGCCGCUGAGCGCCGCGGCGCUGGCCGCGCUCCCCGCGGUGCGGGUGCUGGACCUCACGGGCAACGCGGUGUCCGGCGCGGUCCCGGGCGCCGCGUUCGCGCACCCGGCGCUGCAGCAGCUGCGCCUGGGUUCCAACCAGCUCGACGCGGUCCAGGAGGCUCCCGACGGCGGAUCCUCCAGCCAGAUCGUCGAGCUGGACCUGAGCGGCAACAGGCUCGCCGGGCGGCUGCCAGCCUGCCUUGGCGCAAUGCCGCGGCUCGCGGCGGUCGCGCUCGACAGGAACCGGUUCACCGGCGGCAUUCCCGAACGGUACGCCGUCCGUGCCGCGGCCGAGGAGGCCACGGAGCAGUGGGUGCCGUUCGUCAGGCUGAUGCUGCAAGGCAACUAUCUCUGUGGAGCGCUGCCGAGGCAGCUGAGGCAGCUCAAGGAGGGCAGCGCAGUGGUGAGCUUGGCGGACAACUGCCUGCCGAGGUGUCCGCACAAGUUCUCCUUCUGCCAAGGGGCCCCGCAGAAGGACCACGCCACGUGUCCGAAGUGCGAUACUUCAAUCCAUCGUGAGGACAUUCUGCUGCGGAUGCCCUGA